ACCCGGAAGCAGAAGUGACUCCCACAGGCUGAGUGCUGGGGAGCUGCAUCGGCGAUCGCAGCGGUAGAAGCAGCAAUUUAUCUGUGUGCAGCCCCAAACUGGGAAGAAGAUGCUAAUUAAAGUGAAGACGCUGACCGGAAAGGAGAUUGAGAUUGACAUUGAACCCACAGACAAGGUGGAGCGAAUCAAGGAGCGUGUGGAGGAGAAAGAGGGAAUCCCCCCACAGCAGCAGCGGCUCAUCUACAGUGGUAAACAGAUGAACGAUGAGAAGACAGCAGCUGAUUACAAGAUACUAGGUGGUUCAGUCCUCCACCUGGUACUGGCUCUGAGAGGAGGAGGUGGUCUUAGGCAGUGAUGGACCCCCCCCCCUCCAUUUCACCUCUUUGCCCUGGCGCUCAUUAUGAGGCAUCAUGUAUCCUCUCACACUGUGGGACACCAGAGCCACUGCCCCCUCUCC